CGAGUUUGCGAGGCUCAAGGACCUGAGGGAGAAGGGGGCGGGCGAGUUCUGCAAGGUGUGCGAGGGGAGCCUCGAUGUCGAUGGGACGGGGUUGCGCCGAGUCGCCGUUAAGAUGCUCAAGCCAAAGUACGAGGGGUUGGGCACCGGACCGCGGGAUGCCGUUUGGCUGCUUUGACCUUUUCGCCCACCCUUUCAGCUUUUUGCUCCCGACUAAGUCAGACCCCGGCAAGGCGCUGCCAUGGAAGACGUCCAAGGCGGCCCGCGAGUGGCCGGUCUCGCGCGGCGUCGCCGUCGGCCUGCAGCUCGCGCGCGCCCUCCGCUACUGCCACGACGAGUUUAUGCCCGGCUACCGGCUGCUGCACCGAGACAUCAAGCCGGACAACAUCGGCUGCUUUGCGGACGGCCGCAUCGUGCUCGCCGACUUUGGGCUGUGCAAGCUGUGGAAGGUUGACUCUGCCGCGAGCGACGACGAGCGGCGCAAGCUCACCGGCCUCACCGGCUCGCUGCGCUACAUGGCGCCAGAGGUUGCGCUUCAGGAGCCGUACAACCACAAGGCGGAGGUCUUCUCCUUCACCUCUCUGCUCUACCACUUUCUGUCGCACCAGAAGCCGUUCAGCUGGAUGACUCCCGACACGUUCCUCGCUGAUGCGUGCCGCAACGGCAAGCGGCCGCUGCUCAGCGGCAAAUGGCCCGGCGACGUACAGGCGCUGAUGGCAGCGGGCUGGAGCAGCGAUAGCAGGGCGCGACCUGAGUUUGCGAAGGUCGUCGUGGCGCUGGAGGAGGCGAUUGGCCGCCCGCAGAGCCUGGCAGAGGUGCUGGAGCGGUCCAAGGCCCCGUCUUCGCGCAGUAGUGCGCAAUGAGCCGGAGACGGGCGUGUGUGCCCCUCGGGAGUCGGGGCAUUCGCCUUGUCGGCGCCUCUGCACUGUCUCGCACACAUACGAGCUCGAUUGGUCGAGCGCGUCUGUGCACCGAGCGCCCACCGCAAUUUUUGUUUCGGCUGUCAGAUCGUGAUGUUCUGACCUCUGCAUGCCAUGACUCAUGUUCUCUGUCCGCCCUCCUGUCUUGCUAGCUGUGUGUCUUCGUGUCUAGAUAGAGUUGUGGAUGUUUUCUCGAUGUUCUGGCUAGUAAAU